AUGCUCUUUUCGUGCCUUUCAACCUUCCUCGUCGCCAUGCUGGUCAUGGCAACCUCCCACGUCACGUUUGCGAACGCACGUCCCGUUCAUGGUCUCCAUCAUGCUCACAGUCUUCUUGUGUCCAGCCAUCGAAACGAUCCCAACCACAAAUUUCAUCGCCAUUUCAACUCUGAUUCAAGUCUUUACCAACGCACCUCUGAAGCUGUUCGUGUCGCUCGCAGAGAUGUAGGCGAUAAUAAUGGCAAUGUGUCAGCUCACGACAGGUACGAGUCACAGCAGCACAAGCUCGAAGCUGCGUUGAAACACUACGAGGAGUACGGCGAUGCUCAAAGUCUUCAGUUGUACCUUCACGGCUUUUCUGGUGCGGGCGUCGGUGCUACCACUGGUGACGCCACCAAGGAUGAUGUGCAUCAAGUUCCUGCUCAGGAUACCUCUGGUGAUAUUGCCAAAGACGAUGCGAAGCAAGCCCCUGCUAAGAACGCUCAGCAGGACAAGCAAGCUCCAGCUUGUGAAAAGGCUGGUCCAAACCAGCCUCAGCCAAUGCAGCCACAACCUCAAUCGCCAAAGAUGAUUAAGAAGCCCAAGAAGCCACAGCCACAGCCACAGCCACAGCCACAGCCACAGCCACAGCCACAGCCACAGCCGGCCGACCAAUCAAAACAGGCGCCUUCCCACGAUCAGCCUAACCAGCACAAGUCUACUCCACCAGCGGAUGAGUACCAACGACCGUCGACGCCAUCCUCGGGCUCCUCAGACAAUUCGAUCAACGGCUACACUCCUCCAGCUUUUACCUCACCACCGGGCGCGCCUUCGACCGCCUCCCUGUACUCCACCUCAGCGCCCUUCAUCGGUCGUGCCACCUUCUACAACACUGGCCUCGGCGCCUGCGGCAUUGUCAACAGCGACGACCAGCCCAUCGUCGCCAUCUCUCGCGACCUUUUCGAGAAGUACAACCCGAGCUCAGGCAACCCCAACCACAACUCGCUCUGCGGUAAAAAGGUCGAGAUCAGCUGGAAGGGUAAGACGGCGUAUGCUUUUGCUACGGAUGAAUGCCCCACUUGUACAGAUCAUGCUUUAGAUUGCAGCCCGAGUGUGUUUGAACAGCUGGACAACAAAGACAAGGGCGUCUUGGAUGGUAUCACAUGGCGAUUCGUCUAG